AUGGAGCAGACGUCAGAUACUAGAGAUGAUAUGGAACAGACGUCAGAUACUGGAGAAAAUAUUGAGCAGACGUCAGAUACCAGAGAUGAUAUGGAACAAACCUUGGAUAUACGAGUCAAACCUCAUAAAUGUGGUGUGUGUGGUGUUGGAUUUGAACAAAUAAAACUCUUAAAGACACACAUGAGUACACAUAAUGGCGAGAAACCAUUUCAAUGCGGUAUUUGUGAUAAAGGGUUUAGCACAAAUUCUAUAUUUCAGAGACAUAUACAAGAUCAUGCUGGUAAUACACUUUAUAAAUGUGAGUCAUGUGGAAAAGGGUUUAGUCGAAAUUCUCACUUACAGAGACACAUUAGAAAUAAAAUAUGUGAUAAACUGUAUAAAUGUGAUGUAUGUAGUCAGAUUGAUAAAUUACAAAGACAUGAUAGAAUACAUACUGGUGUUAAACCAUUUCUCUGUAGAAUCUGUGGUCAAGAUUUUAAUUAUAGAUGUGACUUGAAGAAACACAUGAAAAGAAGACAUCUAGAGGUUUCUGGGGGUAAAAUUAUAAAUGUGAUGUGUGUGGGAAAAGUUUUACUCAUAAUUAUCCAUUAG